ACGUCGUACGUGUUGACGUCAAGACAGGGCGAGUCCAGAAUGCAGAGCAAGUGGAAGAAUAGCGGAGAUCGCCGUAUAUGAAAACACUGAUGUGCAGACUACAUGAAAAACAUGGAGCAUAUCGGCAACUGACACGCUUUUAGAUUCUGCAUAAACUUGACGAAUUUACCAGCAACGUAAUUUGAGGGUGUGAGAGAGACUUUCAUAAGGCUCUAAAGAACCAGGAGUCAAGAUGGCAGGUAGAGAGCGCAGUCCACGCCACAGGCCAUGGUCCGUCUACCGAGCCAACACGUUUGAUCUGUCCUCUGAGAUGAUGGGAUUGGCACUAACAGGAAACAGUCAAGAUCCAGAUGAGCCAGUACUUGAAUUCAGUCUUGCAUGCAGUGAGCUGGUCACUCCAUCAUUGGACCGCAAGCCCAGUGGCUUUGUAGCAGUGAGCUGCACCACACCUCCACAGGCAUUUUGGACCAAACAUGCACAGACUGAAAUUAUAGAGGGCACCAGUAAUCCAAUCUUCUUGAGCAGCAUUGCCUUCUUCCAGGAUUCUUUAAUUACCCAGCAGACUCAGAUCAAGCUGUCUGUCUAUGAUGUGAAAGACCGUUCACAGGGCACAAUGUACCUGCUCGGCUCGGCUAUGUUCACAGCGAAAGAGCUGCUUCAAGACAAACACCACAGGUUGCACCUCACUCUGCGGUCAGCAGAGAGUGAGCGGAUAGGUAACAUCACGAUUAUUGCGUGGCAGAUGGAGGAGAGGAGAGACCAGCGUGCUCCUCUGGCACGUUCAGACACAGUCAAUGGCAGGAUGGUGUUACCUGUUGAUGAAAGUCUAACUGAAUCCAUGGGAGUCAAAGCAAAAUCUGCUUCCCUGUGUAAAGACAGCCUUUUAAAGGCAGUAUUUGGAGGCACUAUUUCACGGAUGUACCGACUUCCCACCACUGAUGGAAACCACUUGCGUGUCCUGGAGCAGAUGGCAGAGAGCAUGCUUGCCCUGCACAUACCGAGACAGUUCGUCAAACUGCUGCUGGAGGAAGAUGCUGCCAGGGUGUGUGAGCUAGAAGAGCUGGGCGAGUUGUCGCCCUGUUGGGAGAAUCUGCGCAGACAGAUCAUCACACAGUACCAAACCAUCAUCCUCACCUAUCAGGAGACUCUCAGUAAUCUGCAUGAAUACAAGGGUCCGUCCUUCAAAUCAAGCACUCUGAAAGGGGAGAAAAAGUUAGAGUUCAUACCUACAAACCUCCACGUUCAGAGGAUGCGAGUGCAGGGCGAGUCUGGCUACGAUCGCACAUAUGAUGUGGUGACCACAGGAGCGCCCGCGGCUCAUCAUCAAGGCUUCAAGGGCAGCGGACUGAGAAAACUCAUUCUGAAAUUUGAGGAAGCCAAAAAGCAUGCUUGUGAGGGUGAAGGUGCCGGGGAAUCAGUUUCGCUCUCAAUGCGAUACCAGCCACAGGAUGUGUUAAAAGCUAAAGAAAUCAUUUCCCACAUCAACACCCUCAAGACUCAGAUCAGCUAUUACACAGAGCGCCUGUCUCGCGCUGCCAAAGAACGCUCGACCAAUGCACUGGAGAUGACCCUCGCCAUCCUCACAGACAAGACUCGGCAGCUGGUGACGGUGUGUGACAGUAAGCUGCUGACCACAGCUAUCCAAGCACUGAAUGCCGCACGUCCAGAGUUCAUCGCCUCCAGACGUUCCCCCUCUGCCCAUGACACCGAGCGUGUGGUGUUGAGAAAUGACCAGGGCUCUCCGCAGGCCAAAUGGAGCGGAAAAAGCAACAGAGCCUCCAUGAAUCUGAACUGGCAGGAGGAGGAGUGGGAAAAGGUUUGGCUCAAUGUGGAUAAGAGUCUGGAGUGUGUGAUCCGCUGUGUGGACAGACUCCUGACGAGAGAACGCAUGGCGAGCGACAGCAGUGAAGACGUUUUCCUGUGUGACCAGCAGGCUGAUAGCAUCAAAAGAGAUGGUAGUCCCAGUGUGGAGGGCUCCUCUCCUGGGGAAUGGAGUGAAGCUCUAUAUCCACUCCUGACCACUCUGAACGAGUGUGUGUCCAUGAUGAGCGACAAAGCCAAGAAGUCCAUGGUGUUUGUACUGAUGCAGGACAGCGCUCCCACCAUUGCCAUGAGUUUGACACUGCAGUACCGCAGAGAUGUGGUUUUCUGUCAGACGCUGACUGCUUUGAUCUGUGGAUUUGUUAUCAAAUUGAGGAACUGUCUCAGUGACAGCGGCUUUCUCCGACAGCUCCACACUAUUGGUUUACUGGUCCAGUUUGAGAGUCUUCUGAGCACCUAUGGGGAGGAGCUUGCCAUGUUGGAAGACAUGAGUGUAGGUGUCAUGGACCUCCGAAAUGUUACCUUUAAAGUUACCCAGGCGACCUCAAGCUUCAGCCCCGACAUGUUACCGGUCAUCACGGGAAACAGAGAUGGGUUUAAUGUGCGUGUUCCCUUACCAGCAAUGAUGUUUGAUGUGUUGCCACGGGAGAUACAAAAUGGGAUGCUGCUGCGGGUUCAACCAGUAUUAUUCAAUGUAGGAAUUAAUGAACAACAAACGCUAGCGGAAAAGUUUGGAGACACAUCGCUACAGGAGCUUGUGAAUAUAGAGAGUUUAGCUCGGCUUACAUCAUAUUAUGACCAGUUUAAAGAAGUCCUGCCUGAAGACUGUCUGCCCCGCUCUCGCAGUCAGAACUGUGUGCCUGAGCUACUGAAAUUUCUCAGUCAGAACGUCAACGCCAGGAAGAGCAAGAACGUGGACAUCCUGUCGCAGGCAGCAGAGGUUUGUCGGCGUCUGAAUGGUGUGCGGGUGACCAGCUGUAAGAGUGCAAAGGAUCGUACGGCCAUGUCAGUGACCCUGGAACAAUGUCAGAUCCUCCUGCACGAGCACUGUAUGGCCCCGCAGGUCUUCAGCCAGGCACUGGACUGUAUGCGCAGCGAGGGCUGCAGGAGAGAAAACACCAUGAAAAACGUAGGCAGCCGCAAAUACGCCUUCAACUCUCUCCAGCUGAAGACUUUCCCCAAACAGUACAGACCACCAGAGGGCACCUUCGGGAAAGUGGAGACUUGAUUUGAUGUGCAGUCAGCUGUUCUAGUCCACGUGACCAGAACUGCAUGUUUCUCUCUAUCUGUUUUGCUUUAUUACCACAUAUCUGAAGAAACAUUUCAUUAUGCACAGUCAGCUCUAGUUAUCAUGCAGAUGACAAUGUAUAUUUCCAACAUCUUAAUAUUUUCUUAGUCCCAAGGGGGGGAGACACUUUAAUGUAUACAGAUAGUUUUGUUGUUGCUGGACUGUCAUAGUCCAAAUAAUUCCAAAGCAUCCAAUCCAUUCCAUUCAGAUUUUGCUAAUGUGUACAUUUUAAGUAUCUUCUCAUGCUUGGUCUUUGUACAUACUACAAAGGUCAGAAAUAUCAGAACUGAAGCAAAGCUGUGUUUUAUCAUUCUGUAGAGUACUUGCAAAGUUCAGUAGGUUAUAGGUAAUGUGUAGAGUAGACGAUUUGUUCCCGGAGUCAGUUUUCACAUUUGUAUGAAAAACAAGAUAUGCAUCAAAUAUAAACAUAAAACCAUUGUUUAUAUUCAUUCCAUUUAAAGUGCACACAAUACUAACUGCCUUAAGAGAGUUCACUAUUGCAAACGCCCCCAAUGUCAAGAUAAAUAGGUAGAUAUUUCUAUGACCGCUUGUGACGUGCCAGAGUUUGUUUUAUUUAUUGACCAUAAGACAACAAGGUUAAAAAUGUAAGUGCUUUACCCUGUUGACAGCAUAGUUCCUGGUUUGUGUUGUACGGGUUAUAGAGUUUAAAAGGAAAAGCUUUCUCAUACUGUUGCCAAGCACAGCUUGUCUUUGUACAGUGAGCAUACAGUGUGAAUAUACAUUCACUUUUUAUGAAGAUGUGUGAGAAGACACUAUACGAUGUUUAUUGAUUGUUUGUAUAUGUUUUCAUAGUACAGAGUUUCUUUGUAGGAGUUGACAUGUAAAUAUGUUAUUCAUGUCAGUACUGAUUUAUCAAGGAACACUGGUAAAAGUGGUCUUAAAAUGUGAAGAAUAUCCUGCACUGUUUUGUUUGGGAUACGCUCAGACUAUUUAUUUUAUUGUAAUAGUUAUCUUAAGAAAACCAUGAUGUUUCUCUUGCAUUAUAGAACGUGAUAAUAAAAUGAACAAAGAUUCUGUGAAUGCUAGCUCUAUAUAUAAUGGCAUAAUGUCUGCACAACAACAAACAUGCAGAUUGUAUCAGCCUUUUUCUGCACAGAUGAACAAAUGGUAGUACCUGGUUUGGACUUGCAACAUAAGCUUACAACUGCAAAUUUAAAGAUAAGAGCAUGUGUCUUAGCCCCUGCUUGCAUAAUGCAGGACACAUUUUAAAAUAACACUUGUAAUAGUUUAAAAUUCAGAGAUCUGCAUGAAAACUAGCCUUUAAAUUAUUGUUUUUAAGAUUUCAUCAUUCUAAGUUUCACAUGUACAGAUGUGAAAAGUUUACAUUUAAUUAUAGUUUUUAAUCGCUCGUUUAUGUUUUCAUGUAAGAUUUGUAUUUUAUUGUACAUGCUAAAGCACGGUGUUGUAAAAGCAUGCUGUCCUGUUGGUCUUUUACUAUCCCUGUUUUUAUGGUUCGAGCGAGAAGCGCUAGAAACCUAUUGUAUUUGUCCGUUUUAUUAUUUCGUUUUUUUGGGGGGGUUUGUUUCUAAUGCUGUAAAAAAAUGCCCCUUUUCCUCCUAACAUCCAGAUUUUAAAUAAUAAAAAUAUGUAAUAGAUUAAACGGCAUGCCAGCUUUUUUAUGUUC